AUGGGAAGAAGACAUCAAGCCUUGAGUAAUGCAAAAGGUAGAAUAAGAGAAGCAAUAAUACAGCUUCGAUCACGUCGCCUGAUUCAACGUCCAAUUAGCCUGCUGAUUCCUUUGGAACUUGAAGAUGAAGCAAUGCCCUUUCACCAUUACAUCGAAACUACAGAAGUUCCUUCGUCCGGACCAACAACAGAUAAUCAAGAAGCUCGAUCAAACGACAAUAAUAUUGUGUUAUCUACUACCAGUUCAAGGUAUAACCUAAAGAAGCGUAGAACAAUUAACUACAAUGAGCAUGGUGAUACUACCAGGAGCUCUUUUGAAGAUAUUUCCUCCACAUCCAACCUUCUGCAAAUCUCUCUAGUCCGCCUCCUAGCUGGCCCAGUUAUGUCGAACAUCAAUAAAUUGAGCUAUAACUGGCGUAUCCAGUGUAUUCAAGGAGGAAUAAACCAAUACUCUUCUGAGGAGACCCCAUAUGAAAUUUGUGCUGAGCAAUAUAGCGUUCAAAUGGACAAUCCAGCAAUAAAUGAAACCAUUCGUUUCCCAGCAGAAAUAGUUUUACACUGA